UCCCUCAGAGGGAGACUGCAGCGCUCCGUGACCCCCGGCUCCCUCUUUCUCCUCGGUAAAAUGAGGAGUAGAGAAGAGGAGUCUUUUGGCGGUCAGAUGGCUCCCGUCUCUCGGGAGAAAGCCCUGUCACCCGCCGUGUCGGCCGCCCCCGGUUAGGGGAGCCCACUUGUCAGCAGAGCUAUAAGGAAGACUUGUGGAGAAAUUCAAGUACAAUAUAGGUGCUAUGCUGGCGGAAGGUGAAAGCAUGGCAAGUGCAUCUCUGUGUGCUGCUAAUAUAUCAGCCUCUCCCAGUCUUCGGAAAAUAUCUGGUUUUGUAGAAAACAAAACCACACAGUGUUCGUUUUCCAUCGAAAGUAUUUUGGGACUGGAGCACAAAAAAGAUGGCAUUCCAUCUGUGAAACCUCACCGACCUUGGAUGGAUGCGUGCACCGACGUAGUUUUAGGUGAUGACAGUCAUCCCCAUCUGCAAAUCCCUGUUAUUUGCUAUGAAAAUGCAUUAUUUCAUGCUAACAGUAAUCCAGUGCAAGAGGAAAAAGUUUUGAAAUGUGAAAAAUACUUUUCAGUGACUGAAAGGCUUUCUUUCAAACGAGAGCUGAGCUGGUACAGGGGUAGAAGACCAAGAACUGCAUUCAGUAGAAACCAGAUUGAAGUCUUGGAAGAUGUUUUUAAGAUGAACUCCUACCCUGGCAUUGAUGUUAGAGAAGAGCUAGCUCGCAGAUUAGAUUUAGAUGAAGACAGGAUCCAGAUCUGGUUCCAGAAUCGUCGUGCAAAGCUGAAAAGAUCACACCGCGAAUCUCAGUUUCUAAUGGUGAAAAGUACUUUCACCUCCAGCCUGCUAGAGUAGAAAAAAGGAUGGUUUCCUCUUGCACUAAUUCAAUAGAACAUGAAGAAUUACUGAAAUUUUCAUAACUUGUAUUAAGUGAUUAUGUACUCAUUGUGAUUUUAACCUCAGAUUGGAAUGUUGAGCAUAAUUUUCAUUCAAAUAAACUGUAAAUACUGAGGUAUGAUUAUAAUCUA